GUAGUAUUGAGUGCCAUGAAAUGUCAAUGUCCUGUUUGUAUUUUUAUCAGGUAUAUCAAAGCUCUUGAUACAAUGCGACAGCUACGUCUGAAACAAAGUCAGGCUAUCAAAGAGUGUCAGUUGGAAUUGCGCUACCUGAAGCAAAACAAGGAGAAGGCCCAGCAGAUGAAGGACAUGUUAGCCACAAAGGAGACUCAGCUGGCAUCCUCUAAAGACCAUGUCUUGCAGAUAGACAGCCGAAUUGAUCCACUUGAGAAUCGAAUGAUGGACAUUGAUGGAACUGGGAAAGUGAUGAAGCUGGACAAUGAUAUCAAGGCUUUAGACAGCAGGAAGAAACAGAUGGAAGAAGACAAUAAGGAGUUGGAGGAAACAAUGGAACAGGUGUUUCAAGGUACGGAUGAGCAGCUGCAGGAUUACCAAAACCACCAGAGGACAGUUAAGGAGAAAGAAAGGAGGCUGACAGACUGCCAGAAGGAACUGGAGAGAGCUGGCCGGGAAUGUCAGAGGCUCAACAGAGUCAAAGCUGAUCUCCUAGUAGAACAAGGUCGCCUUCAGCUGGAAAAUGACCGCCAGUCUCAAAACAUCAAGACUCGUGAUACUCAGGUUCGCUCUUUGUCAUCCUUUCUGGAAUUGGAGGGUUAUGAUCGACCACCAUUCACCACUCUGCAAAUUCAGAGCUUUCACCGGCACAUCACACAAAGACUGGAGGAGGAAAAGGCCACAGUCACACAGCUGAUG